GGAAACCCCGCAUCCAGCAGCAGCUUGUAUAAAGGCUGAAUGAGGCUCGGCCUUCAUUACUUCGGUCUCUGCUCAGUUUUUAUUCUUCGUGCCACGUCUGAAGCUUUUCGUCACCAUGAAUCUGUGGCUUAGCGCUCAUUUCCUGUUUGCGGGGUUGUACCUGAGCAGCUCGGCUCCGACGCGUGAGGAGUGCAGCGGCUUGGUCACGCCUCUGUCCAUGAGCGACCCCAGCGUGAUGUACGGCAGGUUGAACUUCAUCAUGGGCUACGCUGAUCAUGAAGCAUAUAGCUCCAUCCUGAAAGUGACUGAGAGCUCCUGGGUGAAAAUCAGUGCGUCACCGGAUGAUGUCACAAGUAUUUUAAUGACUCAGGAAGACAGAAUAAAUGGAACUUGCUCCGGCUCAACAAACAAAGUAAAGAUCGAAGGCGACACUCUUUCUACAGACGUGUAUAACGUCACCUCGAGCUUCCACGUGCUGCAGACCGGCGACUUUUUCAGCUUCAGCAUCAACAGCACGGCCAGAAACAUCGGAAAGCUCCUCACCUUGAUCAAGCUGGAAGGCCCUUUUCCAGAUGACAUCACCAGCCGGGCCUUUUAUGUGUUUUCACGAGAAUCGACCGUGAAGGACUCGGAUCUGGAACAGUUCAAGAAGCAGGCGAGCUGCUUCGGCUUCACCCAAGAACCAGACUUCCUCUUCGACCCCACGAAAGAGUUCUGCGCUGAAGGCGACGGCAUCAGGGUCGUAUUACCAUGAUGUUGUAGAAACUGAGGAAGUAAAGAAACAGUGACUCUAAAC